CCUGGGCACGAGGAAAUCACCCCCGAAAACGAUGGGGUGUGUCUCCACGCAGACGGGGGUACCGGAGAGCUGUUGUGCCUUCUCCCCCUCAGCACUUGAAGGCAGCAGCAGCUCGAUUAACCCGGGAGCCAAUGAGAGCGGUGAUUUUUUUUUCAAGCUGACCAAUCAGCGACGGAUACGUAUUACGGCGGCCCGACGCGUCCACACGGCCCGCCCUGACGUAGCUCAUUGAAGAAGAAGACGGACGGUAUCGGCACACCAUCCCUCCGGAGAGACGCGAACAUGUCGACCAAACUUUGCAAGCUGUUUGUCGGGGGUCUGAACGUCGAAACUACGGAAGAUGGCGUACGCAAGUAUUUCGAGCAGUUCGGCACCCUCAACGACUGCGUGGUGGUGAUGAACCAGCAGCUCGGACGGUCCCGCUGCUUCGGCUUUAUCACCUACGCGACUCCGCAGGAGGCCGACGCAGCAAUGGCGGCCAACCCACAUGUCGUCGAAGGCCACGACGUGGAGCUGAAGAGGGCCAUUGCGAGGGAGGACGCCAACAACCCGGACAUCCUCGCCAACGUGAAGAAGAUCUUCGUCGGCGGGGUGAAGGACCACAUCGAGGCGGAUCAUCUCACGGAGUACUUCUCCCAGUUCGGCGUGGUGGAGAAGGCCGAGAUCAUCUCCGACAAGCAGACCGGCAGGAAGCGCGGGUUCGGCUUUGUCUUCUUCGAGGACACCGACUCCGCCACUAAAGCGGUGCUGACGAAGUACCACACCAUCAGCGGCAACAAGGUGGAGGUGAAGAAGGCGCUGACGAAGCAGGAGAUGUCCACUGGGGGGAGAGGGAGAGGGAGAGGCCGGGGGAUGCAGAGCUAUGGCGGCGGGAGAGGCGGCGGAGGCGGCUACGGAGGAGGCGGAGGAUACGGCAGCGAGUACGGGGGAGGAUACGGCUACGGAGGGGGGUACAAUGGAGGAGGAGGAGGUGGUGGAGGAGGGUAUGGGGGGUACGGGGGGUAUGAUGAAGGCGGGUAUGACAACCAGAUGGGGGGCGGCUACAGCAACGGGGACUUUGGGGAUGGCUACGGACAGCAGCACUCCAGCUAUGGGGCAGUGAAGGGCAACUACUCCUACAGGAGCGGGGCUCCCUACAACAGAGGCGGAGGAGGAGGAGGGUACGGCCGGGGAGGAGGAGGAGGAGGAGGGGGGGGUUCAGUGGUGGCUACUAAGCCCUCCACCACCACCUCCACCCUUCUCCCUCCCUCCACCCUCCUUCAAGUUUUGUGUUCAUGGGGUAAAUUCUGAUUUACAGCGAACUUGAAUUUACACACACAUACAUGCACUCACACAUAUUACACAUUGGGGGGGGGUCUUUGUUGAGCAGUGCCCAUCACCCACACAAUGAAUGAGACUGUCCUGGAUCCUGGCUGACCUCCUCCCCAUCCCAUCUGGACCCCAUCUGUCCUCCGAUUCCACUCAUUAUGGACUUUACUACUAAGAAUUGGGAAUUUGUGAAUUGUACUUAUUGUUUGUUUUUUGCAGGAGAGAAAGGGGGGGGGGGGGGUUGUUUUGGAUUCAUUUGUAAAACAGUAAUCAAUUUCAGUCACUGCUUCUCAACUCAGUAAUUGAGUUUGUUUGUCUUGCAAACCAGCCAGAUGUGUCUGUUAUUUUUGCAUCAUGAACUCAGGGUUUUUAGUGAUGUUGGUGGCAGUGUUGGGAAGCAUUGGGACUCACAUGAUCCCAAACACUUUCGUGACAAAGUAUUUUUUUUUUUUUCUUUGGAGGAAAUGUCACGGACUGUUUUUUGUUAUCUGUAAAAUUACAUUUUUUUCCCCACCCGUCCCAUUACAGGCUUUUUUUUUUGUUUUGUUUAGAUUAAACUGUUUUCAAAUCCAUGUGUUCAGUUCACCCUUAUGUUUGAUUCUGCUUUUAUUAAAGUUUUUAAUGUUUUGAAACUCUAUCAAAUCUCGCAGUCUUGAUUCAGAUCGUGUGGGUUACAUUUCAGCAGGUGUUUUGUGAAAUCAGCCCUGUGGAGGUUUAGAGUUUGAUGCGUUUUAUCCUCAUUACUUGGGAUAAUCUGCCUUAUUAAGGUGGUUCAUAAAGCUGCCACCAGGAGGGAGUAUCGCCUGUAAAUGCACGCAUGUCAAUGCAUGCAUCCUCAUUUAAUCGGCCAUUUUAAACCGGCAAUGAUUUACUUGGGAGAACAACCCGUGUGCACCAAAGGCGGUAGUUUUCGGUGAAUUUGGGCCUCUGCGACCUUCAUAAUCAUGAGGAAAUAAUCAAACACCAGCCGUGGAGGAGUGGAGCCCAAACACACACACAUUGCCCAAGUGGCUGCAGUGUUAAAUACACUGAUUUGUAUCGUUUUCUUGAAUGUUUUUUUUCUUAAGUGAUAUAUCCUUGAAUGCUCUGUCUCCUUAUGUGAACUGGUUUAAUUGGAAAUGUAAUGCAAUCUACAUUUUUCAGUUUCACUGACUAGUUUCUCUGGAAAAUGGGGUUGAGUUUCCCUUCAGAAACCCUCAUGUGCAGUCUGUCAUACAGUCAAAACUGAGCCUCCCUUGAUUCACAAUUCCUUCUGGAAUCAGUGUUAUGUGCCAUCUAGCAAAAAUGGAUUUAAUGAGUGUCUAAUAGCAGUCCAUAGAGGUCUUUGUUUUUCUUGUAGAGGACAUUUCUUCUCUAAGUACUCCGACAAAAGGUGCUCUGGAUCAGCGACAAGUAGCAGAGGCAUUGGGAAAAGGAGGUCUCACUCUGACCCUGUUUCUUGGUACGAAAACGUGGCUCUCAGGCCAAAGACUUGCUGCAGCAUGGCAUCACACACAGAUUGUAUGUCUGAUUUCUACAAGGCAAAGCCAGUUAAUUUGUAAAGCACCUUUUUAAUAAUAAAAUUCGUGUUGUAUACGAGAAAUAAAAAGGCAUUAAGACGAAGUAAAAAAA